AUGAAACCCAGCGCAGCAGCGAGCAAAAGCAUCCUCGUCGCCCUCUUGACGCUGGGUUGCAGUCCUCCGCUCGUCGCCCCGUUCGUGACCCAGCCGCCGCCGAGCAAGCUCCCGCCGACACCAGCGGGAGGCACACACCGCCACUACCACCGCGAGGAGUGCCCUGCGCAGCGGUGGCCGUCUAGCAGCUGCCUGGCGGCAACGGUAGCAGCAGACAUGGACGCACUUGCGUCAGCAGGGAUAGGGUUCGACGAUCUCGCCGCUCAGGCUAGCGCCCGUCAGGCGGCGAGGACGCGAAAGCUGGCAAGCGCGACCUCAAAAGAGAACACCAGGACGGACCUAUUUCGCAUGAAAAAGUUCCACCACGUGGAGUUCUACUGUGGGGACGCCACCGCCGCUGCCAGCCGUUUCGUGUGGGGCCUGGGCAUGAAGCUCGUCGCCAAGUCCGAUCAGAGCACAGGGAACGCCCAGCACGCCAGCUACGUGGUGCAGAGCAACGACCUCCGCUUCGUCUGCACCGCACCCUACUCCCUGGCCACGACGCCAACAACAGAGAGAGGAGCAGGAGACCGACGAGACCCCUCUUCGCGUGCCGUUGAAGUCGGCGAGUCCAGUGUUUCACCGCUGCCGGGCUUCGAUCCCGCAGCGGCUCACGAGUUUUUCCGGCGGCACGGGCUCGCUGGACGGGCGAUCGGGAUAGAAGUCGAGGACGCGGCCCACGCUUACGAGCAAUGCAUCGAGCACUGCGGCAGCGACGGCUCUAACGCUAGCGUCCGCCGGCCAACGCGCGUUACCGACGUCGACGGGCGGGGUGGGGCGACGAUAUCCGAAGUCAGAGCGUACGGAGACGUCGUGCUGAGGUUCAUCAGCUUCGAACCGGAAUCGAAAAUUGUCGGGGAGGGGGACGUAGGCGGAGACAAACAUGGUGGUGAUGGUGGCAGGUUCGAGGGAGCCUUCUUGCCGAACUUCGUGGAUAUCGAGGGCGAGGAGGCGCGGGAGGAUUUCGGGCUGCAGCGGGCGGAUCAUAUCGUAGGGAACGUGUGGGACAUGCUGAAGCAGGGGGAGUACAUCACCAGCAUGACAGGGAUGCACGAAUUCGCCGAGUUCGCAGCUGCAGAUGUCGGCACGGUGGACAGCGGCCUGAACAGCAUUGUCCUGGCCAGCAACAACGAAAUGGUGCUGCUUCCCCUGAACGAGCCGACCUUCGGCACCGCAAAGAAGAGCCAGAUCCAAACCUUUCUGGAGCAGAAUGAUGGCCCUGGGCUUCAGCACAUUGCGCUCAAGACGAACGAUAUCUUCCGUACGAUGAGGCUCAUGAGGGCGAACACGGGCCUCGGGGGCUUCGAGUUCAUGGAACCGCCGGGAGCGGCUUACUACCGGGACGUUCCGCGAAGAAUACCGUCCCUCACGGAAGACCAACUGCAGCAGCUCGAGGAGCUCGGCCUCUUAGCCGACAAGGACGAAGACGACGGCGUGCUCUUCCAGGUGUUCACGAAGCCCGUGGGGGAUCGCCCGACCCUCUUCUUCGAGAUAAUCCAGCGUAUCGGUUGCGCGUUCGAAGCCACGGACGGUGACAACGAGGGGGACCGGGGGGUCUUCGGUCCUGUAGGCGACGAUGGGCGCGCGAGGGGGGAUUCUUCUAGGGUCGAGGAGGGAGAGCUGUUGCAGAGAGGGGGAUGCGGAGGCUUCGGGCUCGGGAACUUCAAGGCUCUCUUCGAGUCGAUAGAGAAGUACGAGAGCACCCUCGCCACCGGCAUGGAUGCGUGACUAGUGACUAGUGACUUGUGUUUGUUUUUGGAAAUAUGCUUCACUGAAUAGCUUGUUGUGGUGUAAAGGUGGUAAGUUCAGCGUUCGGUAUGCGGGAAAACGUCACACUGCUGUGCGCGGUGUUGAUUGAAAGUCCGGUAUUGGAAUGAGACAGACACAAGGGGCAGGGAUGCAUAGGUGUCGUCUUAUUUCUUCCUGGAAUGGAUCCAACGGCAUGAACGUAGAGGUCUGUCUGUAGGCCAGACAGGUGUAGUAGUCUGGGUGUGUCGAUAAACGAAAGGUAGAUGAGCAGAGAUUCGAGGUGCAUGGUGGCACUCUCUGGUGGUGGUUAUACAGGUGGCGGUCGAUGGUUAAUAGCCUACCGAGUACAACAAUAGAGGCAGACAGACGUUGAUAAUCUUUUUUUCAGGCCCCCGCGUGGAGCUUGUCGUCCCUACCUAGUUGAGCUUGUUGUAUGGCAUGACCAGAACAAUUCGUGCACGUACCGGUGUCGUUAGCAGGGCAUCAUGGAUGUUGUAGUCGGUGUUGGUUGGAAGCCUAUUUGUAGGCAGCUGUACUAAAUUGAAAACGAUGCUUUAUUUCCCCUCUUCUCGCAUUGUUACGAGAGUUGCACACGAGAGCGGUGUAUUGAGGUGCUGCUACAUGCUUUUAUGAGUGACAGCCUGCCUGCAGACAAACACUCAGACUCACGAGCAGAACAAACC